AGCAGAGGACCCAUAGCAGUCUGCAUCUGCAGAAAUCCAAACCCUUCCAAAUUUGCCCCUUUGUGGAAGCCAAGUGGUGAGUGGUAAUAAGGAUACCGGGCAAGUCGAGGGGGGAAACAUAGAGAAUGGUACAACUGACAUGGACCUGGAGGUUGAGAUAAAUCAGUCUCAAGCUGUUCUGCCUCCAAUUGCUGAGGUACAGCUGGUAGACGUUCCUUUGUCGUACCAGCUGGGGGACAUGAGCAACCACACAGGAAAGGGGACCACUGCCAAAGCAAAUAAGGACAGCUGGAAACGGUUAGCUCGGGAAGUGGGUUCUACAGGGACCACAGAGAAUGGGACUCGGAACAAGCGGCGAAGUUGUCUCACACCUAUGGAAGACGAGCGAGCCCUUAAAGUGCUAAUAAACAAUACAGGGGUGGCUUUAGCUCACUCGGCUACAGGCCAUGACCCCCCUACCGGUUGGAGUGGUAAGAUUAUCCGAUGUUUUGGUAGUUGGUUAAAGGCUGAAUUUGAGAACCCAUGGUGUUCAGACGGCUUUGAUAUUUUAGAUGAUUUGUUCUCUAAAAAUACCCAGUUUUUGGGGAUUGCUAGGCGAGCAGAGGACCCACAGCAGUCUGCAUCUGCAGAAAUCCAAACCCUUCCAAAUUUGCCCCUUUGUGGAAGCCAAGUGGUGAGUGGUAAUAAGGAUACCGGGCAAGUCGAGGGGGGAAACAUAGAGAAUGGUACGACUGACAUGGACCUGGAGGUUGAGAUAAAUCAGUCUCAAGCUGUUCUGCCUCCAAUUGCUGAGGUACAGCUGGUAGACGUUCCUUUGUCGCACCAGCUGGGGGACAUGAGCAACCACACAAGAAAGGGGACCACUGCCAAAGCAAAUAAGGACAGCUGGAAACGGUUAGCUCGGGAAGUGGGUUCUACAGGGACCACAGAGAAUGGGACUCGGAACAAGCGGCGAAGUUGUCUGACACCUAUGAAAGACGAGCGAGCCCUUAAAGUGCUAAUAAACAAUACAGGGGUGGCUUUAGCUCAAUUGGCUAAAGGCCAUGACCCUCAUACCGGUUGAAGUAUGCAGUAGCAUGGGACGACAUCUAGCGGAUUGGGGAUUAUUAAUGUCGAGUUUCCCUACUUUUCUCGUGAAACUAGUUAAAUAGGUGAGAACGUUCAAUAGUUUCAAACAUUCAUAGUGACCUUAUUUUUUACUUUUGUAGUUUUAUUUUUGUCCUUAUAGUAAUUGUAGCUACAAUCUAUAAUCAUAGAUGGUCUCUUCGCUUAAUUAUCCAUAUCUAUCAUAAGUACAAUUUAAAUCUGUUAUUAAUGCUGUAAGUUACGUUUUUGUCCUUAAUUUGACUAUAAUGCCACUGCAAGAGAUUCAUCUAUAAUCUUCUUAUAUUUAAUAUAAUUCUCUAUUUU